UGAAGAGUGCUCUCUCGUCAGGUAGAGAGAUUUUUGUCUUGGACAUCGGCAUCGGCUCAAAUCAUUUCACUUGGUGCCAGUUGAAAAUCAGUUGAAUUUUAGAGAUUGUACGGUACGGUUGUAUGGAGCGCACAAAAUAAAUGAGAACAAAAUGAGUGUCGAAAAAAUGAAAACCUCAUCAUCAUCCUCCUCCCAUGACUUGGAUAUCAGUUCUCAGUUUGCCAAGAAAACAUUACAAGACUAUGAAGUUAUAUCGGUAAUUGGCAACGGUGCCUUCGGAACAUGUUUUAAGGUGCGUGACAAGGAAACGGGCGAGUUGUUUGCCUGGAAAGGCAUGGACUACGAUGAGCUAAGUGAAUCGCAAAAGGAGUCGCUUGUUUCGGAAAUACGUGUGCUACGGCAAUUGCAACAUCCCAACAUUGUUCAAUACUAUCAUCAUUUGGUCAAUCAUGAGGCCAAAUCCAUAUUCAUUGUUAUGGAAUGCUGUGAAGGUGGCGAUUUGUCCCAGCUCAUAGCCAAAGCAAAGGCUGAGAAUAAACGUUUCGAGGAGCGUUACAUUUGGAGAGUUCUAUUUCAGCUGUGUCGGGCCCUGCAGGUGUGCCACAAUAAAAUCAAAGAAGGCACAAUUUUGCAUCGCGACAUUAAACCAGCCAAUAUUUUCCUCGACCUGGAGGGCAAUGUGAAAUUGGGAGAUUUUGGAUUGGCCCGUAUGCUGAAGCGCAACGAAUCAUUUGCGGAAACCUUUGUUGGCACACCCUACUACAUGAGCCCGGAAAUGGUGAAGGGUUCAAAAUACGAUCGCAAAUCGGAUGUAUGGGCUGUGGGAUGUUUGAUCUAUGAAAUGUGUGCUCUGCGUCCUCCAUUUAAGGGCAAAGAAUUUACCCAACUUUCUGCAAAUAUUUCAAAUGGAAAGUUCAGUAAAAUUCCCGAAAUCUAUUCCAAAGAUCUGCAAGAGAUUAUUGCCUUUAUGCUGGAGGUGGAAUAUGAACAGCGACCCAGCAUUGAAGUUAUAUCCAGACAUCCAAUUCUGGUACGUAACAUCAAUGAUUUGGGUAACCAAUUCCCCCGCUUGAUCGACAUUGAGAGUGUGGAGCAAGAUUUUUAUGUGACCACAGAUGAACGCGAUGUUCGAUGUAAAUUGGAAUAUAGCCCCCUGCGUGAUUUCUCCAGCACUGUGUAUUCCGAGCAGAAUAGUUUUCACGAAGGUUAUGGUCAACGACGUUUGAGUAUAACGGGCGUUUUUACACCCGACCUGCGAGAGGAGUUAUUCUACUCAGCCAAACGUAGAAUAUUCCCAAUUAAUCCAAAAUUACAAGUUUCAGAUCCAGAGUUAUAUGAAACUAUACGACGAGAAGAAUAUGCCACAAUAGAUGAGACAAUAAAACCCCGAUAUUUUCCCCAAGAAGAACAUUGCGUUGACCUAUCCCCAGAUGUGUUGACAAGAGAUAUAUUCGAUGGAGUUCUACAGGAAAGACUACACGCAAUUCGUGCACAGGAAUCUUUGCUUCGACAAAGGGAAGAAGCUCUUAAUUCCAGAGAACAACAACUUAAUGAAAAAGAAAAACGCUUAAUAGCCUUCGAACAAAGUCUGAUGGAAAAAUAUAAGGCAUUCAAUGAAAAUCAAAUAGCCAAAACAAAUUCCAAUCAACGACCAUCCAGUGUUAAUGAAAGAUCACGGAUAUCACUGCCAGAUAUGAGACCAGCCUCAGAACUGCCACCACCAAUACCACCCCGAAAACCAGUAAAUCCCGAUGAGACAUAUUGUACUAUCGAACCCACCGACACCACUUUACUGCAUGAACCCACAGUGGCCAAACUAAACUUGGCUUCACUGCCCGCCCCGAAAGCCUUUCCUGCAUUACGUAAAGUCACAUUUCAAUCACCCAAGAAGUUCAUUACCUAUGACAUUGAGUCUAAGCCAUGUAAACUAUCGGCUGCCAUCAGUGCGAAUCAAAUGCAAACCAGUGUAUCGAGUAAGGGCAGCGAUGACUCCAAUGAAAGUUCAAGUACCACAAAUUCUGCAACCUCCGCUGGAUCAUCGACCACAAAUCGCCGCAAAUCGAUUCUUUCGAUAUUCGGUUUAAGUCGUAACAAUAACAAGGAGCCAAUGGCGCCCAACAAUAAUCAAACAAACAAAUCUGCCCCAUCAACACUGCCACCAACAUCAGCACCAUUAAUCAUUGAAAAAGUAACAACGGCCCAAGAACGUCUUGCCCCGCAGCCACAUAAAGAAGAACGCAUUCUUUCGAAAUGUGAAACUGCAGAUUUGACCAACAUUUGGACCAAAGAACAUAAAAAGGCUGCCUUUGAGAUGUUGGCCGCGAUGAAUGCUGCCGGCAAUGAAGGCAGCAUGGCUCCUCGCCACAAAAUACGUCAAUCGGUUCGUGAACGUAACACCCUGCAGCGUAAUCGUAUGCGACGUUCACUAAUGGCACCAACAAAUCAUCAUGGUCCCAUUGGAAUGCGGGAACAGAUUGUACUUUGAAAGUGUGGUGUUCAUUGGUUGAUUGACUUUUCCCCUCCCUCCCUUACUCUCUUGCCAUGGGUAUAUGUUCUUCCAAGGAAUUAAAAUACAACAAUUAAGAUUUGUGAUUUGGAAAUAAUUCCAAUAAUUUUAAGAUAUAGUUUAAUAUAGACAUUAAAUAAACUGAUUAAUAAUUUUUUAAUAUAAAUUAUUAGACGACAAGCAAACAUUUAUAAUAAAUUGUUUUGAAAUAUCUAUGUAAACCAA